AGUGCACGGGACUGGGCGAAGCUUACGUGUUCACGAUGCGACCAAUGCACUCACUGGACGACCCGGAAGAACUCAAAUAUGCGGAGCUACACUUCUAUGCUAAGAACUUCCUCGCGAUUGAUAGCCAAGAACACGAGGAGAUCCCAAUUUCAUUCUAUUACAUCAAGGCCUCAGAGUGCCAUCCAAUCGGCGUCCAGAAUCUGAAAAUCCCCAAGAAUGGUUGGCUGGUGACAAACGUGACGUCAUUGCUCAAUCACGUCUUGAUCAACGCGACGGAGAGGGUUACCAUAGCGAUGUACAUCGGUGAAGGUGAGGCUAGUCCCGAUGCCACGCCCUACCAGGACGGCACGCAUGAGAAGCUAGUGAAACCGUUCGUGUUCUUGUACACGGAGGAUGUAUCGGCGGAGAAAGGAAACGCGCAAUCGAAUUGGCAGCGAUUGGCGGAGAAGUUGGCAAAACAGGAAAUGGAUACGCUGCUCCCAGAAAGCGGAGUAAGACGACGCAGAAGCGCGAGGUCCAAUGACACGAAAGAAACACUCGACGAAAACGAAACGCUCGUCAGCAACGAAGUUGUCGACGUCGAACCGGUAGACAACAACGAGUACCCUCUCAAUCCGAUCGGGAAAACAUUCCCAGCCACGACGCACACAGCGUUCUCGUUUUUCGCGGAGCAGAACAUGAGACGCAUCAAGUCCAAUAGAAGGCGAGCGCGGAAUCAGCGUAAAAAGGAUAAAAGUAAAAAUAUGAUGCUGGAUGCGGAAGAGAAGUCCCGUGCUCGGAAGAAGAAACUGAACAAGCCACGCCCUAAGCAUCUCGAUAUCGGAACACCGACAGAAGCUACUAAUGUAUGUGAUAGGCACUCUAUGAAUGUCGACUUCCAGGCGAUUGGCUGGGAUGAUUACGUCAUUGCUCCAGCGACGUUCCAGGCAUUCUACUGUGCUGGCCAGUGUGCCUUCCCGAUCCAAAAGGAACUUCAUCCAUCUAAUCACGCCCUCAUUCAGAGUAUUAUGCACUUGCUUGGUGUCCAAACGGGGGUGCCUACCCCAUGUUGCGUCCCGGACAAGAUGGAGCCAUUAGUCCUUCUCUACAUCGAACAGGACUCUACCGUCACACUCAAGAAAUACAGUGACAUGGUCGUCGAAUCAUGUGGAUGUCACUGAGCCUCAACCGCUCCUUAAAACGGCAGCGCAAAAAAACUCUUUAAAAUCGAUGAACUGUGAAAAUCGUUUUUUUUUUAAUAAUUAAAAAGAAUUGUUUGCAAAUAAUUUAACACUGACAUAAUGAGUUUAAUAUAUUCAUUGGCACUAUUAAAAAAUGAGGAUAUUAACGACGUUUGGAGAGGAAAUUCAAAUCAACCACCAACAACGAUGACAACCUGUCAACUAAGCUGAGAUUCUCGUCAAGAGUUCAUAGAUCACGCAAUGUCGAAUGGAAGAGCGACCUCUAUCAUCUCUGAGCGUUGAUAGAAUGUUAAUUAUGACUGAAUAAUUCGCAGAGUGAGUUGAAUGGGUGUUUUAUAGUUAAUUGCAACUCAAAUUAGGGACGAAAAAGCAAGAAGUCAUAUAAGUUCUUACUUUUUUCUUCCUAUGAUUCUUUGUAUGAUUUACAUGCUCCAAGCGUAUUGCUAUAAU